AUGACUGAACUAGCGCCCAGUGUUCUCUCCGGUGUGUGCUCAGUAGGCCUUACCAUGAUAUACUGUUUCAUAGGAUACCUUCUGUCCCAAAGCACGCUAUCGCUCUACCUGAAAGUGGCAUCGUGUUUUCCCAGUCGGUCCGGCGCUGAAGUCCUCUAUCUUGAGCAAGCAUUCCUGAAACCACACUACUUCUUCCUCACGAUAUUCACGGGUGAAACAGGUCUUCUUCUCACUUGGGAGCAGCGAUUCCGUUGUUCUGGCCGAAUGCUUGUUUGGGAUUGCUGGUUCGUCGUAUACUACUUGGCAGUUGGAGGGGCGUUGCCGUUGCAGCUUUCCUUGCAAUUCGUCGUUUGGUUUGGUACCGUCGAGAUUGCUACGUUGUUACUGUAUGACACAAUGAUCGACUAUUGUGAAAAUAAUAAUCAAAGGGACUUGCUAACACCACUCAAGGAUCUCGAUCGCUGGCUUGGUGGCUCUCGGAGGACAUACACGAGUAAGAGAUCCCUGGAGAUGAACUGUCGCAAUGCGUGGGAAGGAACCUCAGAAGCCUCAGCCUACGGAGCAACCAACGCCAAGAUCAAAUUGAUCUUCUUUGACGCCGCAAGGCUAUCUAUCAAUCUGCCCCGACCCGAAUACAGAGCUUGGAAUGUGGCCCUGGCGUGCGCCUUUCUGGCGAACCUAUAUGUGCUUGUUGCACCGGGGUAUCCCCCGACAGGAGGUGCAGAUGGUGGAUAUGUCGGUUUCUGGUACUUUACCAAUAUGGUGGUUGACAUCGCUCCGUAA